UGUAAAAGUCACCGUCCAUUCCACAUAUAUACAUAUUCCCUUCAACUCCAGCUGUCUGUAACUUCCCACUUUCUGUUUCUCUCUUUAAUACCCACAAACACAAUUACACCAAUUGCCAAGAAUUGAACUUUCUGUAAUUUUAACCCAAAACCCAACAUGGGUUCUGCUUUUUCUUUCUUGAUUUCAUCUACUGAGCCAAUUAAACCUAGUCUUGGUGAUUUGCCAGAGAGUUGUGUAGCUUCAGUUCUUGUAUAUAUGGACCCUCCUGAGAUCUGUAAAUUAUCUAUGCUUAACAGAGCUUUCAUGAGAGCUUCUUCGGCUGAUUUUGUUUGGGAAUCUAAGUUGCCUCUUAAUUAUGCCUCUAUUAUUCAAAGGGUUCAAAAUUUUCCUAACAAUUUGUGUAAAAGAGACAUUUAUGCUAGGCUUUGUCGACCUAAUUCAUUUGAUGGUGGUACAAAGAGAGUUUGGUUAGAUAAGAGUACUGGAGGAGUUUGUUUGUCUGUAUCUUCAAGUGGCUUGGCGAUAACGGGCAUUGAUGAUAGGAGAUACUGGAGUCGGAUUGAAACUGAUGAAUCAAGAUUCAAGUCCGUUGCAUAUCUCCAACAGAUUUGGUGGUUCGAAGUUGACGGAGAGGUCGAUUUCCCAUUCCCUGUGGGGUCCUAUAGCAUAUUCUUUAGACUGCAAGUAGGACGUGCCUCUCGGAAAUUUGGACGCCGAAUCUGCAACUCCGAGCACGUCCACGGGUGGGAUAAAAAGCCCGUGCGGUUUCAGCUCUCAACAUCAGAUGGUCAACAAGCUACAACCCAAUGUUACUUGAAUGAACCUGGAAUGUGGAAGUACCACCAUGUUGGUGACUUUGUUGUCACAGGUUCGGUAACACCCAUGAAAGUUAAAUAUUCUAUGACUCAGAUCGAUUGCACACACACAAAAGGUGGACUUUGUGUAGAUUCUGUAGUGAUAUGUCCAGUAGAAUUUGCAGAGAGGUUGAAGCAACGUUUUUGAUUUGCUGAUGUCUCUAGAGAAAGUGUUUAAGAGUUUAGUGGUAGUACUAUCCAUAGUUCUGGAGUUGUUAGUUUUGAGUGAUAAUCAUCAUAGACUGAGGCAAUUUCUGUAUAUGUCAACGACGGGCUUUUUAUCCGUUUAGUGUAGUGAGUUCUUAGGUCAAGUUGUCUCUCUAUGACCUAUAGGUCGCGGGUUCGAGCUGUGGAAGCAGUUACUAAUGCAUGCAUUAGGGUAGGCUGUCUACAUCACACUCCAAGGGGUGUGGCCUUUCCUCGACCCUGCGUGAAGGCGGGAUGCUUUGUAUACCGGACUGCUCUUUAGUGCAGUGAGUUCUUAGGAUCUGUUACAUUAGUUACGUACUGUUCUCUAUCUCCAGUUCUAGUUAAUGUCAAGAACCAACAUUUGCGUCUUGCUGCGCUGAAAUGUAGUGCGGUGAAUGUAUUAAUUUCUUUUUGCCGUUGGUUUCUCUUUUACUGCUGA